GGUGAGAAGCUAACAUGUGUCUCAGAUGUAAACCGUAUGUUUUCUCUUAGUUAGAAACAACAAAAACGGUUGGAAAUGUGAUUUAAUGACUCAUAUAAAUGUUUCUACUGGUAGACUAUUGCUUGUUUGGGGUCGACUCAUUUGUCAUAGAAGCCAACUUUCAUAAACAGGGUUCAGAGUAACUAGAUAUGGUGUACGUGGAAUUUGAGCUUUUUGUAAUAUAACAUUUUUUUCUGCAGAAUACAUAACAUAAUAUAAAAAGAAAAAUCUACUUGUACACAAUGGCUUUCCUGCAUGAAGCGGUUUGAUUUCAGCACCGGAAGGACGAAAUGAGAGUACUAGAGUCUCCGAAAACACACGAAACAUUAGUUAGAUUCUGCUGCCCCCUGCUGGAACUGCCUGUGAAAUACACUGGUACCUGGUGUUUUAGAACAUUUUUGAAAACUUUUAAAAAGAAACACUCAUUCAAAGCUCACUAAAAUAGCCUGCAUCACAUAAAUGUUAGACUUUAUACGUCGGUGUUAGGACUCCGCUCUUCCCCGUUUCUCCUGACGUGGCUCCCGGCUGCUCCCUCCCCUUCUUCCCGGCUCCUCCUCUGUGCUUCUUCUCCGUCCAUCGAGCCACCGUCCCAAAUCACACGAAAGAAAAAAAAACACUUCCCAGACUUCCUGAAAAUCCUCCGCGCAGGGGGGCGGAGGGAAACCGACGGUGGCGGACGAGGAGCUAUGAACCGUAAAGUAUAGUCCAGAUGAGCGAGCAGGCGGACGCACCUCUGACCCCGCUGUCCGCCCCAGAUCAACUUCCCUGCAAAGAGUCCCGGGGGAAAAGCUUGACGUCCUCAGAGGGGAACAAUGAGGAGGAGAGGAGGCAGAAGAGGCGUGGACUGGCACCGGCAGACCUCCAGCUGCUGCUGGACUCCGAGUCAGAACCGUCAGAGAGCAGGAAGAAACCAGCCAGCAUCAGCUCCUACAAUUCCUGAAUCUUGUGUAGGACCAAAGCGCUGCUUACAGAUUCCCUCGGUUGCCUUGAGACAGAAACCCGUGGAGCCGCUGUCACCAAUGCUGAGCCUGAGCGACUUUGAAACCAAGUUUGACCGGAAGAAAUCCCAGACCAACCAGUUAUCAAAGACGAACGCGCAUUACCACAAGUUAUUCAAGGCGGUCAGCAAAGAUGAGCUGCUCAAACAGAGUUAUACCUGCGCCCUGCAGAGAGACAUGCUGUAUCAGGGCAAAAUGUUCGUCUCGCAAAACUGGAUCUGCUUCCACUCCAAAGUCUUUGGCAAAGAUAUCAAGAUUUCCAUUCCAGUGAUGUCGGUGAAACUUAUAAAAAAAACUAAGACUGCGUUAUUGGUGCCAAACGCUCUUGUAAUUGGAACUACAGACAUAGAUCAUGUCUUUGUAUCAUUUCUCUCUCGAAACAACACCUUUAAAUUUCUGAAAUCCAUCUGCCCUCAUCUGGAGGUGGAUAAGAUAAGUAGCAGCCCUGCAGCUUCCUCCUGUGAAAACAGCUUCAGAGCUAGCUGUCCCACGUCGCUUCCUCUGGACUUUACUGGAGACUUCUCCGACCUGGAUGGAGUUGUGCACCAGAUGCGGCAGGACAUGAUGGAGAGCAGCAGCUCUGGGUCGCAGACUCCAGAUUACGAUAAAAUAAGCGACUUCAGCAGCCUCCCAGACACAUUUCUGAGUGCAGCAAAGACCAGAGAGGUUUCGGUCCACGCAGACAUUCACCUCCAGAACCCGAGCCAAAAGCACGGAGCGUCACUCAAAAAUGGCCAAAGCAAGCCGACACAUGGACUUACACCAAAAGACUCGUCCUCGCAGCCAAAGUCCUUACACGUCAUCCUCUUCAUCUAUCUGUUUUUAGUCAGUGUUCUUGUCUUGUCCUCUUGUUACAUGGCCUUCAAGAUUGUGGCUCUUGAGCACCGCCUGAACUCCUUGCUGUCGAUGGGGGAACUCGUUGAUAACGAAAAUGCUGGGAGCCAGAGGUCGCAGGUCGAAGUGAACGCUGAGAUCUACGGGGAGCUUUCCACUAACCUGUUCAAGUUAGAGAAGAUUCAAAGGAACCUCAGGAAGCUCCUGGAGGAGACUUAAAGGAAGACCUGCGUCUGUGUUUCUGUCCAGACGGAGGCUUGGCUGGUAAUUAGAGAGGCGGUGGGAGCUGUGCGGCACAUUUGGUGGCUCUGUUGCCAAAGCAUGGACAGCUCACACGCCGAGAGCUCAGUCUUAAAAAGCUUUGCGAACAUUUGCUGUGCAAUAAUAGCCUCUCUCUGCGUUUCCCUCAGGACUUUUCUGUCUCCCGUUUCAAACAGAGCAGUGCUGCAGAUUUACGGCAGCACAUUUUAUCUACUGUAUUUUAGCUUGCAAUAUCAUGACAAUAUCAUGUUUGUUUUUUUAACACACUCUCACACUUAUAUAUCUAUAAGUAUGACCAUGAAGGUUAGAUUCAAAAGUGCAAUUGUCAGUGUUUGGAAAUGUUUCUUAAAAGGUCAAAGGUCAAAUAGUCCUCUCUUUCUCUUAGAAGUGAAAUGCCAAUAGAUUCUGUUUACGUCCUGCUUAUAAAUCACUCAGCUGGAGAUGUUUGCACAAUGUAGUCAAGUACUUUCUUAUGGUGAAGAAAAAUUCCAUAGUCCUUUUGUAAAUAUUUGCUCUAACUCACGUGAGUGGUAUGUUUAGAAACAAAAAAAAAUUAGUAAUGAGAUUACAUUAGGUCUAUUUAUCAUGGAUGUUUCGCUAGAAGACUUGAUUGAAUUUGAUAAUCAGAUGCUUUGAUUUUGUAAUCGGAUAAAUUAUGCUCACGAGAAUAAACUUUCUUCCUCAAA